AUGAUGUCUGCCAUGGACUUGCAAGGGAAACGGAUGUUCAGUAGUGAAGAGUUGCUGACUGCAUCUCAGGUCGCUGGAUUCUUCUCCAGACUUGCGGCAAAGAAGUCUCUAUUUAACGAUGAUGAUCUUGAGGAGGAGAUUGAAUGUGCCACCCAGGAGGUAAUCAUCGAAGAAUUGACCGAUGAGGUUUCUCGGGAGCUUUUUCCAGUACACCCCAUCAUGUGGGAUAAAUAUAAUCUAUGCAGAAUGACCUCAGGAGGGAAAUUCAACACGACCAAGUUAUCGGUUGCAAAACUAAGCGACAUUUGUGCCGGGCUUGACAUUGUUGUUGAUGUAUCCAUCAAACGUAAACAGCCCUAUACGGACAAAAUUGAGGAGUACUUGUCAAACAUGUCGCUCCAAAGCGGAUAA